CCCUCCUUGUUUUCCCCCUUUCCUCUCCCCCUUUUCCCCCCCCGUCUUUUCCCCCACCCCAGCAUUCCCGUGUGAUCCAGGAUCCUGUGCAAAUGGGGUUGGAUGUGGGCACUGUGGGGUUCUCCAUGACUUCAGCAGCAGCCGCCUGGGAAUCCUCUCCCCAUUCCCCUUUGGGCUGGAGCUUUUUCCCUUUUUCCAGCCAGCUUUGCCUCUGGAAGGGGAGGUAUUCCUGAGAAGUGGACGGUGCUCAAAUGGAAUUAGAGGGGUAGUCGUGAAAUAACACGAGAAGUAGUUAAAAAUCAUUUUAUUGGGGUAAAAAAGUGGCACUUUGGUAUCACUGAUUGUUUAUAAAGCAUUGGGUGAGACAUCACCUAAUUCCCAGGACAUGGAAAGAAAUUCCUCAGAUUCCAGUAGGACCAGGGUUAGGCUCAACAGAUUCCUCAGAGCACCUUUAAAUCCAUAGAAACCUGGAUUGUUCUGGGGUUAGGUAUUUGGGAAAACAUCCCAAAACUUCCACUCUUUUUACAAGCUUUGGGGCGGCUUCAAACAUUCCCGAGAAACAGGGCCCGAUGGAAGGUUGGAAAUGGGCCUUCAAAAUGUGCAGGCUGGGAGUCCAUUUUGAGGAACUCCCGUCAUUUUGGGGAUUUUCAGUGUGUGAACACAAUUAUCCGUCGCGUAAGAGCUUGGAUACAAUUAUCCAUCACAUAAGAGCUUGGAAUUUUAAGUGGAAGGCAUUUUCAGGCGGGUUUUUAGGAUUGCAGUUAACUUCUGCUCAAUCUCGCCUUCCUUUUAUUAUUGCCUGGUGAGGCCAGGAGUCAUUCCUUAAUUCCAGGCGCCGGCUCUGUUUGCUCCAUCCCUAUCCCAGCUUCUGACAGCCCGUGGAAAACCGGGGUUGGGAUUUCAGCCCAGAUUCACCUCACGGUUUUCCCGAGGUGCCGGAGAUCGCUCCGAGGUUGGACUAAACGCUCUCGGAGCGACUCCACGAAGCCCCGGCCGCGCGGAAUCCCGCCGGCUGACGCGGGCUCUCGUUGGCAGGCAGGAGGAGGAGGAGGAGGAAGAUGGAAAGCAACCCCGUCCUGCUGGAAUCCAAGUCGUCCCCCAUCAACCUGCUGAAUGAGAUGCAGCAGCUGCGGCUGCUGGGCCACCUGUGCGACGUCACCGUCAGCGUGGAGUACCAGGGCGUGCGCGCCGAGUUCCCGGCGCACAAGGCCGUGCUGGCCGCCACCAGCAAGUUCUUCAAGGAGGUUUUCCUCAACGAGAAGCCCGUGGACGGCCCCCACAGCAACGUGUUCCUCAACGAGGUGCAGGUGGCGGAUUUCGCCUCCUUCCUGGAGUUCGUGUACACGGCGCGCGUGGAGGUGGAGGAGGACAGGGUGCAGCGCAUGCUGGAGAUCGCCGAGAAGCUCAAGUGCCUGGACCUGUCCGAGACGUGCUUCCAGCUGAAGAAGCAGAUGCUGGAGUCCGUGCUGCUGGAGCUGCAGAACUUCUCGGAGUCGCAGAAUUCCGAGGAGGAGAGCGCCGCCCGCCCGAGCGCCGUGCCCGCGGCGAAGGCCGAGCGGGACUCUCCGGAUUGCUCCGUGGCCGCGCCUGGCCGUGGAGCGUCUCCUGAGGGGCCGGCUGCCAAGGCCAAGGAGAAGAUGGACAAAAAGAAGGAAGCGCUGAAGGCUCCUUACGCCAAGAUCCGCAGGGCGAGCGGGCGGCUGGCCGGCAGGAAGGUGUUCGUGGAGAUCCCCAAGAAAAAAUACACCCGGAGGCUGCGGGAGCAGCAGCGGAACGCCGAGGAGGAAAAGCGGCCCGAGGGCGAGGAGGGGGAGCAGGAGCAGGGGGAGAACUCCCCCAAACCCGAGGGGACCUCCGCGGAAAACCUCCCCGAGGGCGAGGAGGACAAAAAGAAGCGCGGCGGCGCCUUCAAGUGCGGCACGUGCCAGAAGGAGUUCCUGUACGAGAAGAGCUUCCUGAAGCACGUCCAGCAGAGCCACGGCAUCGCCUCGGCGCUGGAGUUCCGCUGCGAGACGUGCGCGCAGACCUUCGCCAACCGCUGCAACCUGCGCAGCCACCAGCGGCACGUGCACAGCAGCGAGCGCCGCUUCCCCUGCGAGCUGUGCGCCAAGUGCUUCAAGAGGAAGAAGGACGUCAAGAGGCACGUGCUGCAGGUGCACGAGGGCGGCGGGGAGCGCCACCAGUGCCACCAGUGCGGCAAGGGGCUCAGCUCCAGGACGGCGCUGCGGCUGCACGAGAGGACGCACACGGGACACAAGCCCUACGGCUGCCCCGAGUGCGAGGCCAAGUUCUCCCAGCCUUCGGCGCUGAAAACCCACAUGAGGAUCCACACGGGGGAGAAGCCCUUUGUGUGUGAUGAGUGUGGGGCCCGCUUCACCCAGAACCACAUGCUCAUCUACCACAGGCGCUGCCACACAGGGGAAAAGCCUUUCAUGUGUGAAACCUGUGGGAAGAGCUUUGCCUCCAAGGAAUACUUGAAACACCACAACCGGAUCCACACGGGAUCCAAGCCCUUCAAAUGUGAGGUUUGCUUCCGGACCUUUGCCCAGAGGAAUUCCCUGUACCAGCACAUCAAAGUCCACACAGGGGAGCGGCCGUACUGCUGCGACCAGUGCGGGAAGCAGUUCACGCAGCUGAACGCGCUGCAGCGGCACCACCGCAUCCACACCGGCGAGAAGCCCUUCAUGUGCAACGCCUGCGGCAGGACCUUCACCGACAAAUCCACGCUGCGCCGGCACACCUCGAUCCAUGAUAAAAACACCCCCUGGAAGUCCUUCCUUGUCAUCGUGGAGGGAGCCACAAAGAAUGAUGAGGGGCACAAAACGGAGCUUCCUGAUGAGGAAUACGAGGUGUCUCCCAAAAUCCCAGAAAAGCUGCUGUCCUUCCCAGAGAACAGCCCCUACCAGAGCCUGGCAGCAGUCCCGGGAAGCGGGAAUUCCAGCAUGGACUGUAAGGCCUCUGGAGCACAGGAGUCCCUGCUGGGAGAACUCACCGUGCUCCACACGCAGACAGACUCUGGGCAGCCCCAGCUCCAUGCCCUGGUGAACAUGGAAUAAUUUGGGAUUGCCUCCUGCUCCUUAGGCUGCACCCCUUGUACAGUCCUUGGCCUGAGGGAGGCUGGUGGUGGGAAGCUGGGAAAGAGUGGAUUUCCAGCUUUCCUCUGGAAAUUCCUUCUCCAGCUCCAUCUACUGAUGGUCGGGCAGGGUGGCACCACACCAGGGAAUUUGUGGGAGUUGAACCCCUAGGAAUUCAGGAGGUGGCUCAGGUACCUUGGCAGUGCAGGUUUGUUUUCCAGGGAAUUCAAUGCCACAUGGACAAUCAGGAGGAACUGAUGUUUCCCUAUGACAUUUGCUGCGUUUUCCCCAGUGGAAUUUCAUCCAGAAGUCUGGCUAAAUUUGCUUUUCAGGAAAUGUUGGUUUCUCUCUGCUUUUGCCAAAGAUCCCGAAGAGUGGGAGCAGCUUUGGAGUUUCAUUCCAGGAGUUUGGAGUCUCUGAGCAGCAAAAAGGGGCAGCCAAGUGCUACUUCCUUGGUUUUACAAUCACGGGGAGACUGGAGCCGUCUGGCACUUGGAUCCUGUCAGUUCUCACCUUCCUGCUGCUCCAGCUCCCAUGGAAUUGGGCACUUAGGAGACCCAAACAUCUCCUAGAAGGAAGUCUGUGAAAAGGAGCUGUGCUGGAAGGGGCUCAGGUCAGAGGCUUGUCCUGCUCCAUUUUAGUGGAAUAGGAUUUGGGACAUUUCCCCUGGGCAGGGAAGGAACCUUGGAGUGUUGUUCCAGAGGGGCUGACUCCCGUUUUUUUGCAACAGCGGCUCACUGUGCUAUGGUUUAAUGCUUCAAACCUUGGGAUGGGCUUCCCAGUGUAAAAACCCACAGCUUUUCCCAUUCUUUUUCCCAUUUCUUUGCCUGUUCCUGUAGUAUUCCCACAGCAAUUCCUCAGCUGAAGCUGUGAGCAGAACUUUGGGAAAGGUAAGCACAAUCCAGCCUGGUGAGAUCCAGCAAUAAAGACACCCCCCCCACACACACCUGUGGCACAGAGAUAUUUUUUGGGAUAAAGGGAUGGUGGAGGCGUUCUCAUGGAAUUCUAAGCUAGAAAAAAAGGGAAUUUUUGUACCAGAGGACAUUUCCAAGAGGUUAUAUUUGAGAUAUUUAUUCCUGCUGGAGCUCAGCUGUUCCCAAUGGAAGGAAAGGGGUUGUAGAUGUAUUUAAGGGCUGAGCACUUGGAUCUGGAGCCGGGGAAUGUUUUGUACUCUGCGAACAUAUGGAAGUGAGUUACUUGUUUGAGCUGUUCCUAUUAAAAUAUGGAAUAUGGA